AUGAAAUGUAAGGUUUUAAAUCGGACAAAAUUUGAUAUCUCGCACUGUUCCCUUACGGAUCUGGGCCAUGGUAAUGUUAGUGCCAGUGUGCAUUUGAACGUGCAUCAGCCACCGGACAAGAACUGGAUGGUUAGCUAUGGCAUCUGGAGAGAUCAAGGCGGCUUAAAGCCAUUUUUCCAUAAUAUUUCACUGGACUUUUGCCGCUUCUUGAAAAAUCCGAGUCGGUUGCAACUGUACUACUCCUUUCAUAAGGCUAUUUUGCCCUUUUCCAACUUGAAUCACUCCUGCCCCUACACUAUGACGCGCUUCCAGUGCGCUGUGAACCGUGGUCAAUCGCCCGACGGCGCAUCGCGUGUGGGUUCAGCCGAUAGCAAUCAAAUGCGCAGCUAA